AUGACGUCUCUCAUCUUUUAUGCUGAUUGUCUACAAUGGGUAAGCGGCUGUGGUCUUUGCCACACAGGAUGUGAACAGUAGUGGUAGAGUAGUAGGUACAUUCAACUCUGUGAAUCAGAAGCAUUAACCCCUGUGAUGUUGUUUCGUUCUCUCUCUCCUCAGGCCCAUGAAUGGAGCAAAAACGAUGAGCGCCUCCUGGCAGCUGUGGAACAUGGGGAGGUGGAGAAGGUGGCCUCUCUUCUCACCAAGAAAGGAGCCAGCGCGGUCAAACUGGACAGUGAGGGCAAGUCAGCGUGAGUAUCGAGGGUUGAGGGAUGGUGUUGGGCCACACACAGAUUAGAAACGGGGAAUUGGGACAGCUUGGAGAUUUAGGAGGUGGGUUUUGCAAAUUGAAUUAUGGGACAAUUUGGAAUAUGAGUAUAGUAAUGUUUAUUGUUUGAAUCAAUCCCAUAUUUGCUCUUCUUCCCCGGACCAUCUAAAACUCCAAUACUGAUACUGUUUCAGUGCAGAAUAGAAGUUGCAGUACAUGGAUAUUCCCUCACAGUUCUAUGAUAACACAUCUACAAUAGUUGAUAAUGAUGGAAUUGGCCCCAGGCAACUGUUCAACUCGAUAAGCCAUAGUCCCUGUCACUAGUGGAGAUGCUACUGAACUGAACUGCCCUAGAUACCCUGUUGAAGGAGGGAAUAAAUAAUGUGCAGUCAGAUAAGGUUGAAGUUUUAUCAUGGUUAGAGAAAGUUAAAGAAAGUAAUACAAAUCACUGGUUCUUAAUUAACUGUAACCUGACAAGGAAUUGCUAAGUAUAGCACCAUAUAAUAUAAUGAUAUCUGUACGAGCAUCACUGUCAUCAUAUAUCUCCUUUCUUCCUUCUUGCUUUUGUCUAUCUUUUUUUGCUUUGCCCUUCCUCUUAUUCCAUAAUGAAUAUGUGCUAAAGUCUAAAUGGCAUCUAUUGUUACUCAUGAUGGGGAAAUGAUUAAAUUGGUGAGCUAAUGAUUCAUAAAAUGCACCCCACGCACUUUUUUGGCGAAGCCAAGACCCAUAUGAAUGUCUAGAGGAAUUCCUGUGCCCUUCUCCCAUUUCAUGUGUACAGACCUGGGAGAAUCUAUGGCCUUUCAUUGAUAGCCUAUUGAAAAUAAUAUAAUUCCCAUUGUAUAGAGUAGGGCAUGGUCUCCUUUGUGUUUAACAAGCUCCCAAAUACCACAAAGCGUGAUUGUGUCCUGAUAUUGUCCUGAUUUCUAUAGGCUCUGAAUGGACGUGACAGCCAUGCUCCCACUUACUAGCUGGACCAGAUAAUGCAGAGGGACAGAAUUAAUGUUUGACCUCUUUCUGACAGUUGCUGACAGAGCACCACUGCCAGAGACCAGUGAAAGAUGACACCACUGACCUAAAUAUAUUUAGUAAUUUACUUUGAGGGAGAUUCGCUCACACCAGCCAGCCACACAAUUAGGGCUGGGAAUUGCCAGGGACCUCACGAUACGAUAUCAAAUAAAAUAAAAUGUUAUUUUUCACAUACACAUGUUUAGCAGAUGUAGCGAAAUGCUUGUGAUAUUAUCACGAUACUUAGUUGCCGAUACGAUAUGUAUUGCGAUUCUCACGAUUCUAUAUGUAUUACGAUUCGAAACUGGGAUUUUAUUGCGAUUUGAUGUUCCAAAAAUAUUGCUCACUCUAUGUCUGCUGCAGAGAGACAAGAGAAAGCAUGAGAACGAGUUUUGAUCAGACAGGGAAAUAAAAGGGCUGAAAACAUGUUGACUCACUAUUUAAAAAGAAGAUGGAGAACAAGCUAUAGGAUGAAAACUACCAGAGUUUUGGCGCAGGUACAGCCAACUAGCUCUAGCUAAUGCUAACUACAGAAGCCAAAAAUAUAUGUUUUAUAAUAUAUUUUUUUACAAAUCGAUACUUUGAGUCAAAUGUCUAUAUAAUAUCGUCCAAAAAUAAUAUUGCUAUAUGUAACUAGCGAUUUCCCCUCUCCCAUCACUACACGUGUCUUUUAUGUCACUCGUACGAAGAGACCAUUGUUUACAUCCCUGACCUUCCCAGGUUUCCCAGAAGGUCACACACUGACUGGCAUGGCAUUCCCAAACAGCCAGUGUUGCCAUGGAGAUACUGGAGACUUCUAAUUAGUGCAUCAUGACGGGAAUGGAUGGAAACUGCUAGUGUCUGAAAGCACAAGAUCUCUCAUUAUUAUUAUUAUUAUUAUUAUUAUUAUUAUUAUUGCAAAACACACACACACACACAGACAAUCACAUGAUAACUCUGUUGGUGUGUAUGUGUCCUAUGUAGCCUAAUACAUUAGGAAAAUGUAACUAAUUCAGUUCAUUACAUGAUGUGUAAUUGCAAGAACAAAGCCAUUUUCUUAAAUUAAUAUUGAUUUAUCGUUUUCUAGGAGUUAAAUUGUGCCCUUCCACUAGUGCUUGUUAUCAUAAAUUAAUAAUAAUUGUUGACCUUGCAAUUGAUGUCCUGAGGAAGUGUUAUUGGUGUUGAAAUGUGGGCUCACAGAGGAAGCUGUUGGAGAAUGCUUAAUUACACAUUUAUUUAUUUAUUUUUAUUUCACCUUUAUUUAACCAGGUACAGUGAGGGAAAAAAGUAUUUGAUCCCCUGCUGAUUUUGUACGUUUGCCCACUGACAAAGAAAUUAUCAGUCUAUAAUUUUAAUGGUAGAUUUAUUUGAACAGUGAGAGACAGAAUAACAACAAAAAAAUCCAGAAAAACGCAUGUCAAAAAUGUUAUAAAUUAAUUUGCAUUUUAAUGAGGGAAAUAAGUAUUUGACCCCCUCUCAAUCAGAAAGAUUUCUAGCUCCCAGGUGUCUUUUAUACUGGUAACGAGCUGAGAUUAGGGGCACUCUUAAAGGGGGUGCUCCUAAUCUCAGCUUGUUACCUGUAUAAAAGACACCUGUCCACAGAAGCAAUCAAUCAAUCAGAUUCCAAACUCUCCACCAUGGCCAAGACCAAAGAGCUCUCCAAGGAUGUCAGGGACAAGAUUGUAGACCUACACAAGGCUGGGAUGGGCUACAAGACCAUCGCCAAGCAGCUUGGUGAGAAGGUGACAAUUAUACGCAAAUGGAAGAAACACAAAAUAACUGUAAAUCUCCCUCAGCCUGGGGCUCCAUGCAAGAUCUCACUUCGUGGAGUUGCAAUGAUCAUGAGAACAGUGAGGAAUCAGCCCAGAACUACACGGGAGGAUCUUGUCAAUGAUCUCAAGGCAGCUAGGACCAUAGUCACCAAGAAAACAAUUGGGAACACACUACGCCGUGAAGGACUGAAAUCCUGCAGCACCCGCAAGGUCCCCCUGCUCAAGAAAGCACAUAUACAUGCCCGUCUGAAGUUUGCCAAUGAACAUCGGAAUCAUUCAGAGGAGAACUGGGUGAAAGUGUUGUGGUCAGAUGAGACCAAAAUCGAGCUCUUUGGCAUCAACUCAACUCGCCGUGUUUGGAGGAGGAGGAAUGCUGCCUAUGACCCCAAGAACACCAUCCCCACCGUCAAACAUGGAGGUAGAAACAUUAUGCUUUGUGGGUGUUUUUCUGCUAAGGGGACAGGACAACUUCACCGCAUCAAAGGGACGAUGGACGGGGCCAUGUACCGUCAAAUCUUGGGUGAGAACCUCCUUCCCUCAGCCAGGGCAUUGAAAAUGGGUCGUGGAUGGGUAUUCCAGCAUGACAAUGACCCAAAACACACGGCCAAGGCAACAAAGAAGAAGCACAUUAAGGUCCUGGAGUGGCCUAGCCAGUCUCCAGACCUUAAUCCCAUAGAAAAUCUGUGGAGGGAGCUGAAGGUUCGAGUUGCCAAACAUCAGGCUCGAAACCUUAAUGACUUGGAGAAGAUCUGCAAAGAGGAGUGGGACAAAAUCCCUCCUGAGAUGUGUGCAAACCUGGUGGCCAACUACAAGAAACGUCUGACCUCUGUGAUUGCCAACAAGGGUUUUGCCACCAAGUACUAAGUCAUGUUUUGCAGAGGGGUCAAAUACUUAUUUCCCUCAUUAAAAAGCAAAUCAAUUUAUAAAAUGUAUGACAUGUGUUUUUUUUGGAUUUUGUUGUUGUUAUUCUGUCUCUCACUGUUCAAAUAAACCUACCAUUAAAAUUAUAGACUGAUCAUGUCUUUGUCAGUGGGAAAAUGUACAAAAUCAGCAGGGGAUCAAAUACUUUUUUCCCUCACUGUAAGCCAGUUGAGAACAAGUUCUCAUUUACAACUGCGACCUGGCCAAGAUAAAGCAAAGCAGUGCGAUAAAAACAACAUAUGGGGUAAACAAAACAUAAAGUCAAAAAUACAACAGAAAAUCUAUAUACAGUGUGUGCAAUUGUAGCAAGUUAUGGAGGUAAGGCAAUAAAAUAGGCCAUAGUGCAAAAUAAUUACAAUUUAGGAUUAACACUGGAAUGAUAGAUGUGCAAGAGAUGAUGUGCAAAUAGAGAUACUGGGGUGCAAAUGAGCAAAAUAAAUAACAAUAUGGGGAUGAGGUAGUUGGGUGGGCUAAUUUCAGAUGGGCUGUGUACAGGUGCAGUGAUCGGUAAGGUGCUCUGACAACUGAUGCUUAAAGUUAGUGAGGGAGAUAAGAGUCUCCAGCUUCAGAGAUUUUUGCAGUUCGUUCCAGUCAUUGGCAGCAGAGAACUGGAAGGAAUGGCGGCCAAAGGAGGUGUUGGCUUUGGGGAUGACCAGUGAGAUAUAUCUGCUGGAGUGCAUACUACGGGUGGGUGUUGCUAUGGUGACCAAUGUGCUAAGAUAAGGCAGGGAUUUGCCUAGCAGUGAUUUAUAGAUGACCUGGAGCCAGUGGUUUGGCGACGAAUAUGUAGUGAGGACCAGCCAACAAGAGCGUACAGGUCACAGUGGUGGGUAAUCUAUGGGGCUUUGGUGACAAAACAGAUGGCACUGUGAUAGACUACAUCCAAUUUGCUGAGUAGAGUGUUGGAGGCUAUUUUGUAAAUUACAUCGCCGAAGUCAAGGAUCGGUAGGAUAGUCAGUUUUAUGAGGGCAUGUUUGGCAGCAUGAGUGAAGGAGGCUUUGUUGCGAAAUAGGAAGCCGAUUUCUAGAUUUAACUUUGGAUUGUAGAUGCUUAAUGUGAGUCUGGAAGGAGAGUUUACAGUCUAACCAGACACCUAGGUAUUUGUAGUUGUCCACAUACUCUAGGUCAGACCCGCCGAGAGUAGUGAUUCUAGUCGGGUGGGCGGGUGCCAGCAGCGUUCGAUUGAAGAGCAUGCAUUUAGUUGAAGGCUACGGAAGGAGUGUUGUAUGGCAUUGAAGCUCGUUUGGAGGUUUGUUAACACAGUGUCCAAUGAAGGGCCAGAUGUAUACAAAAUGGUGUCGUCUGCGUAGAGGUGGAUCUGAGAGUCACCAGCAGCAAGAGCAACAUCAUUGAUAUACACAGAGAAAAGAGUGAAUUAAUGUUAUCAGUCUGUUCUAGGCACAUCAAACAUGUUAGUCUGGCAAGUGUGUUUGAUUAAUGCCUUUCCAUUCUGAGGGUAAUUCAUUUAAGCAGAUACACUAUGUAAGCUCUAUUAAAUAGUGUAGACCAGGGGUGUCAAACGUCCGGCCCGCGGGCCGGAUCAGGCCCGCAAACGGGUUUAAUCCGGCCCGCGAGAUGAUUUUUUUAAAAAAAGAAGAAAAAAAAAGAAAAAAAAUUAAUAAUAAUUUUGUAAAGUAUAAAAAUGCGCUGCAAUUUUUCAAUAAAAUAAACUGCUGUUCCAAUUGCGUCCACUGGAUGGCGCAAUAGCAAUUGUGUUAAGCAAGCAAACUGUUUAUACCGGGGCAGAGCAAGUAGGUCAAGCACGUGCAGCCAAUGAGCUACUUUGUUUUGCCCGCGAUAUUUAUUACGGCUUCUACUUUUAACAUUAUGUGCUUUGGCACCCUCAUUGCCCCAAUAUGUCUCUGUCAAAAAAGAGAAAAGUGGACGCAGAGUGCAGAGUGUUCCAAGAAAAAUGGUCAUGGCUUCAAAACCAUUUAGUGAGGGUGAAUACUGUACUCCUGAGUGGCGCAGUGGUCUAAGGCACUGCAUCGCAGUGCUAACUGUGCCACUAGAGAUCCUGGUUCGAAUCCAGGCUCUGUCGCAGCCGGCCGCGACCGGGAGACUCAUGGGCGGCGCACAAUUGGCCCAGGGUAGGGGAGGGAAUGGCCGGCAGGGAUGUAGCUCAGUUGAUAGAGAAUGGCGUUUGCAACGCCAGGGUUUUGGGUUCGAUUCCCACGGGGGGCCAGUAUAAAAAAAAAAAAAUGUAUUCACUAACUGUAAGUCGCUCUGGAUAAGAGCGUCUGCUAAAUGACUAAAAUGUGAAUUUGUAAAAACAUGCAUGAUGAAGGCAGUGGAGAUUGUGUGCCCUGAAAAGCGGCAGGCUUUUGCAAAUAUCAGCCUGACAAGAAACACAGUUGCAGACAGUCAGUUUGGACAGCCAGUUGAAGCAAAAAGUAAAGUCAUUUAUUGCAUUUUCGGUUGCAAUUGAUGAAAGCAUGGACAUUACAGAUGUUGCACAACUGGCCAUUUUCAUCCGCGGAGUUGAUGACACAUUGACCGUCACCGAGGAGUUCGUGGAGUUGGUGCCGAUGACAGAUACAACGACAGCAGCUGAUAUUUUUACCGCACUCGUCGGCGCGCUGGACAGGGUCGGAGUGGACUGGUCCCGCGCUGUCAGCCUGGCUACAGAUGGUGCGCCCUCAAUGAUCGGGAAAAAAGCAGGCGUUGUGACAAAGUUCAGAGAGAAAGUGCAAUCUGCAAAUGGAGGACGUGAUUUUUUGACUUUUCACUGUAUUUUGCACCAGGAGGCUUUGUGUUGCAAGUCAUUAAAGAUGGAUAACGUCAUGAAGGUGGUCAUCCAAACUGUUAAUUUCAUCCGAUCCAGAAGCCUGAAUCACCGUCAGUUUGACAGCCUUCUCAGAGAGAAAGACCACAUCUAUGGCCUGCCAUACCACACUGAGGUAAGAUGGUUAAGCCGAGGUGCUGUGCUGAGGCGUUUCUUUGAUUUACGAGAAGAUAUUGAACAGUUCAUGGAAGAAAAGGGCAAACCAGUGUUAGAAUUUCAUUCCGCAGAAUGGAUGCAGGACCUUGCAUUUAUGGUGGAUGUUACAGAGCACCUGAAUAACUUGAACAAACAGCUGCAAGGGCGCAACAAAGUUGUCACGCAGUAUUAUGACAGCAUACGUUCUUUCAAGUUGAAGCUGUCAUUGUGGGAGACGCAACUUGCCGGUGGUGAUGCAGCUCACUUCCCCUGUCUGAAAAAUGUGUGCGCGACCCAACAUGUGGCAGACAUGAAGCGGUUCAAAGAUAAAAUAACGGGACUGUUACGGGAGUUUGAGCAACGCUUUCAGAUUUAUGUUUAUAUGUUUUUAUGUUGAUGUGCUAUUGUUUUUAAUUGAUUUUAUUUUAUUUGUAUAUUUAACCUAUUCUUGACUCUGUGGUUCUUGCACUUGUUUGGGGAACAGGAUUUCAUUAUUUUUAUCUACAUUUCUGCCUGAGAAAUGACACCCUGAUAUAGUUCUGUGAUCUGUGAAACAGUUCUGUUAAUCACUGAGGCAUUGUGUGUUUGUGUGUUCUUUUUCUUUAGAAUUUUCAAAUAAACUUGACGUGUUUUAUGAUUAAUAGUGAUGUUGUGCUUGUACUAUUUUGGACACACUGUCCUCAGGCUCCAGCUUUAUGUUGUAUGUUGAUCGUAUUAAAACAAAGAAAACAAUCUGAAGUUGUUGUUUUUAAGUUAUAUAUACCAUGAUUUUUCCGGUCCGGCCCACUUGGGAAUAGAUUUUCCUCCAUGUGGCCCCUGAGCUAAAAUGAGUUUGACACCCCUGGUGUAGACACUUCAUUUAUCUAAACACUUGCUUAUCCCAAUUUUCCUAUAUUAGAUCAUCUGUGUUCAUAAAAAAAUCGUUUGUGUUCCAAAAAACGAUUUGAAAGAAAUGGUUUUACUAUCUCUUCCAAUUAAAAUAAUAACUUUUCACAGCAGAACUGAGUAUUAACAGUUGCAAACACACUUGGAUGAUUACUCAGUCUGACUACUUCAAUAUUUCUCUCACACGUCCUUGGAUCAGUCAAAGCAAUUUGGCAGAAAAGUGCACCAGAAUGCUUGGAAUCUGGAAUCUGCUAUGCUGUUUCCUUUUUCAAUCAUGUUCUUUCAUAGUUGUGUGGAAGACAUCCUCUAUAGCGGUGGUAAUUGCUCUGUUGUCGUGUUCUUGAGUUGACUGGUCCUAGAGGCCAUGCGGCUGCCUGUGUUCGCUCUGCGUGAGUGUGUUAGCUCUGUGAGUCUGCGUGAUGGCCUAGAUGCUGUAUUUUCUUUUUAUUCCUCCAAUGACAUGUUUAACCCCCACUGUACCGUUCCACUGUGUUAGACUGAUCAUCUUGUUGUUCUGUCCUGUCUCUCCCCAUACAGUCUCCAUGUGGCUGCCACCCGUGGUCAAACUGAGUGUCUGGCAGUCAUCCUGGCCCAUGGAGUGGACACAUCAGUCAUAGACACCUCAGGUUAGUGGACUGCAUACCUCAGGGUUCCCCAAUAGGUGAUUUUAUUUGGCACCUCAAAAAUCUGUUGUUGGACAUAAGACAAGACAAAAUCACCAGGAAGUCAUCUCAAAGUGAUUUUAAUGUAUGACAUAUGUUCCCAAGUAUUCCCACGCAUAAAUAGAGAGGUAUAUGUUAUCGUGUCCAAGUGUAAUCAAGGUUUGAAAUUAUUCUGUUUUUGUCAAAUACUAUAUUUGUUUGGGAUUCUUGCGGCCAAUUUGCAGUCUACAAAUUAUUUAUAACUAUGCCCCCCGACCAUCCACUCAAAGAAAAAUCACCCCCAUAACAUGUGAAUAUAUCCUGAACAUACUGUAGGUGAACACUCACCUAUAGAACUAAUCUGCCCAGAAGCUUUUCUCAAGGAUGAUUCUACUGCUAGUGGUUACAGAUAUGGACUUGAGACCAGCAGGGAGUUUAAUUAAACUGAGGCUGCAACGGAAGAUAUCUCACCAGGAUGUCUUUUACUCCUCAGGUUUUAGUGCUUUACACCUUGCUGCCAAAAAUAACCAUCAGGAGUGUGCCAAAAAGCUUAUACAGGUAAGAUGGAGCUGCUGAAUGAAUGAAACUGCAAACAUAAAUGAUGACCGAUUAACUCACUCACUGGCUGUAUCGGAUGAAGCCAUUGAUUUGUUCUCCGGUAGUUCAUCAUUAUCACCCUUAUUUAUGGGUCAUUUGUAUGCAAGAGAGCUAAAACAGUUGUACUUUUUGUUGAAUCACAAUUUAAAAAGGGGCUCUCUGAACCCAUGACCACCUCUCUAUCCUUCACACAACUUUGAUAUGACCUCAGUUUAGCCAUGAAUAUAGCCAUGUCUGUGUUCAUGCAUCUGCAGGAACUUGUGCAAAUCAACAAGUACAGUGGAUAGCUGGUUCAAGUCCUGUUGUAGUUCAGGGAUUUUUGUGUUGAACCCAGAUAUUAAGAAUAAAUAAUGUGUGCAUGAACUGUUGUUAGUCAGUAUUUUUAGCAUGUCAUAAUUGUGUGCGUAAAAUAUGAUUUUAUGAAGCUGUCAGACUCAAUAGGUCCCGUGUAGCUCAGUUGGUAGAGCAUGGCGUUUGCAACGCCAGGGUUGUGGGUUCGAUUCCCACGGGGGGCCAGUGUGAAAAUGUAUGUACUCACUAACUGUAAGUCGCUCUGGAUAAGAGCGUCUGCUAAAUGACUAAAAUGUGAAUCAGUCACACUUUUGAACUGAUGCGAAGCCAGUACACUUGACUUGUAACUAACCUCAACUAUAAACAAUGGUUACUCUCUCUCUCUUACUUUAAUGUAGGCUAUUUUUGCCUUGAUUACCUCAGAAGCUCUAUUUUCCCAUGUGCUCUGUUUUUAAUUAAUCUGUGUUGCCGCAAUCCGCAAAUGCUAGUUGAGGUUGUUUUUGUCCUAUGGGGAAAAACUAAUGCUAUUUGUUGAAUAUUAGGAGUACAGUAAAACUUCUGGCAUUAAAACUUCUGUAAUUUAACCCCUUGACGGUUAUGAUGGGGAGAAAAUCUGAGCUGUAAAUUGUUUAACCUGUAGCCAAGGCUUUAUAGCCUCCAUUGCAUUCUGAAAGUAUUCAGACCCCUUGACUUUUUCCACAUUUUGUUAUGUUACAGCCUUAUUUUAAAAUGGAUUAAAUUGUUUUUUUUCUCCUCAUCAAUCUACACACAAUACCCCAUAAUGACAAAGCAUAAACAGGUUUUUAUAAAUGUUUGCACAUUUAUAAAACAUAUAAACCUGAAAUAUCACAUUUACAUAAGUAUUCAGAUUCUUUACUCAGUACUUUGUUGAAGCACCUUCGACAGCGAUUACAGCCUCGAGUCUUCUUGGAUAUGACGCUACAAGCUUGGCACACCUGUAUUUGAGGAGUUUUUCCCAUUCUUCUAUGCAGAUCCUCUCAAGCUCUGUCAGGUUGGAUGGGGAGCGUCACUGCACAGCUAUUUUCAGGUCUCUCCAGAGAUGUUCGAUCGGGUUCAAGUCCGGGCUCUGGCUGGGGCACUCAAGGCUAUUCAGAGACUUGUGCCAAGGCCACUCCUGCGUUGUCUUGGCUGUGUGAUUAGGGUCGUUGGCCUGUUGGAAGGUGAACCUUCACCCCAGUCUGUGGUCCUGAGCGCUCUGGAGCAGGUUUUCAUCAAGGAUCUCUCUGUACUUUGCUCCGUUCAUCUUUCCCUCGAUCCUGACUAGUCUCCCAGUCCCUGCCGCUGAAAAACAUCUCCACAGCAUGAUGAUGCCACCACCAUGCUUCACGGUAGGGAUGGUGCCAGGUUUCCUACAGAUGUGAUCCUUGGCAUUCAGGCCAAAGAGUUCAAUCUUGGUUUCAUCAGACCAGAGAAUCUUGUUUCUCAUGGUCUGAGAGUCCUUUAGGUGCCUUUUGGCAAACUCCAAGCGGGCUGUCAUGUUCCUUUUACUGAGGAGUGGCUUCCGUCUGGCCACUCUACCAUAAAGGCCUGAUUGGUGGAGUGCUGCAGAGAUGGUUGCCCUUCUGGAAGGUUCUUCCAUCUCCACAGAGGAACUCCGGAGCUCUGUCAGAGUGACCAUUGGGUUCUUGGUCACCUCCCUGACCAAGGCCCUUCUCCCCUGAUUGCUCAGUUUGGCCAGGCGGCCAGCUCUAGGAAGAGUCUUGGUGGUUCCAAGCUUGUUCCAUUUAAGAAUGAUGGAGGCCACUGUGUUCUUGGGGACCUUCAAUGCUGCAGGAUUUUUAUGUUACCCUUCCCCAGAUCUGGUCCUCGACACAAUCCUGUCUCGGAGCUCUACGGACAAUUCAUUCAACCUCAUGGCUUGGUUUCUGCUCUGACAUGCACUGUUAACUGUGAGACCUUUAUAUAGACGUGUGUGCCUUUCCAAAUCAUGUCCAAUCAAUUGAAUUUACCACAGGUGAACUCCAAUCAAGUUGUAGAAACAUCUCAAGGAUGGUCAGUGAAAACUGGAUGCACCUGAGCUCAAUUUUGAGUCUCAUAGCAAAGGGUCUGACUACUUAUGUAAAUAAGGUAUUUCUGUUUUUUAUUUGUAAUACAUUUGCAAAAAAAUCUAAAAACUUGUUUUCGCUUUGUCAUUAUGGGGUAUUGUGUGUAGAUUGAUCAGGAACAUUUGGUAUUUUAUCCAUUUUAGAAUAAGGCUGUAACUGUGGAAAAAGUCAAGGGGUCUGAAUACUUUCCGAAUGCAAUCUGCCACAAUAUCAAUGUUGCCAGCUAAGGUAUACGAGGAGAUAGUAGGCCUAGUUGGACAAGGCUAUCUGAAUGUGCACAUGAUGGAAGUUGGAGGUAGCCUAAAUAUUAAUUAUUUAAUAGAAUAAAAAAAUGCACUGACUAUUAUGUGACUAUAAUGGCUGUGACUACAACUACACUAAAAUUGUCCAGAGUUUUAGUCGACUGAUAAUAACUAAAACUAACUAUGGAUGAUAUUACUAAAAUGUGACUAAGACUAAAAUGUAUUUUAAGACUAAAACUCAAUCUAAAAUAGCUGUCAAAAUGAACUCUGCUGUGAGUGUGUCUUAAUGCUAAUAUCAGUAAUUCUAUAUAUUUUUUUUAGAGAAUGGAUCUUCCUUUUCCCCCCCAAAGUUGUACAGUACCAUCUGAAUUCAAAGCUUGAGUGUAGCAAUUCUGUACUAAAGCAGUUUUUGUGAUCUAUACAUAGCCUAUCAACAACUGAGUGAACUAUUUUCAGUGGGGUUCAUUUUAAGUGUCUCCAUGAGAUUGAGACAAUUUUCUAAACAUUUGGGAAGCUGAAGUCAGAUUUAAUACAUAUCCUUCCCUCUCUCUGGUAAUGCCUGUCACUUGAAUGGCCAGCUAAGCCACUUGCCCAUACAGAUUGACUUGACACACUGUCGGAAAUCUGAUGCAAGGGCACUCCCAUUAACUCCAAAUGAAAAUGCGUCUAGAAAUAGCUUACAUACUCUUAGUUAACACAGUUCACUAAAGGGGAACAAUGGUGCCUAAACCUCUCUGGCUUAGUGUGGGACUGUCUGUGAAAGUGAGCACCUCUCUCACUCAGGGAGAGCGAGGUAGAGCUAGAGCGAGAUCUACGUCGCAAGGUUAUGCGCCCCUCACUGAGCGCUAGAUAGAACUUUGUGGAAUACAGAAAAUAUACAGAACAAAAUGAACUUUCUGUCACAGCAAACAUACUCCAUUUGGGAAGCCCAAUCGAUUGUGACAUAUACAUUUUAUGUGAUUUAAAUUUGGGUCACAGGUUCACAAUUUAACCUUUUCUGAGAUCUCUGCCAAGCAAGCAGGAAACAGUAGCCCACCGUGGGCUUGCUGCACGUGCAACAGCACACACACACGAGGAAACUUCUCAUAAACACAACACUGUCACUGACAGUUUUCAAAAUAUACUGAACAAAAAUAUAAACAAAACAUGUAAAGUGUUGGUUUCAUGAGUUCAAAUAAAAGAUCCCAGAAAAUCUUUAUACGCACAAAAAGCUCAUUUCUCUCAAAGUUUACAUCCCUGUUAGUGAGCAUUUCUCCUUCGCCAAGAUAAUCCAUCCACCUGACAGGUGUGGCAUAUCAAGAAGCGUGAUCAUUACACAGGUGCACCUUGUGCGGGGGACAAUAAAAGGCCACUCUAAAAUGUGCAGUUUUGUCACACAACACAAUGCCACAGAUGUCUCAAGUUUUGAAGGAGCGUACAAUUGGCAUGCUGACUGCAGGAAUGUCCACCAGAGCUGUUGCCAGAGAAUUUAAUGUUAAUUUCUCUACCAUAAGCCGCCUCCAACGUCGUUUUAGAGAACUUGGCAGUACAUCCAUCCGGCCUCACAACCGCAGACCACGUGUAACCACGCCAGCCCAGGAUCUCCACAUCCGGCUUCUUCACCUGCGGGAUCGUCGUGAGACCAGCCACCCGGACAGCUGAUGAAACAGGAGUAUUUCUGUCUGUAAUCAAGCCCUUUUGUGGGGAAAAACUCAUUCUGAUUGGCUGGGCCUGGCUCCCCAGUGGCAGAGCCCCUGCCCAGUCAUGUGAAAUCCAUAAAUUAGGGCCUAAUGAAUUGAUUUCAAUUGACUGAUUUCCUUAUAACACAACAUGCCUUUUAUAUAUAGUCCUAUUUUCAGAAACCAUUUAUCUUUCAAUCAAUUUCUCUGUAGCCUAAACCAAGCGGAAAAUGUGUGCGACACAACAACACAAACAACUUUAGCGGUCAAGAAAUGUAUACUGAAGCAAACAUUUUAGAUAAGAACAUAUCCUCAUACCUUUCUGUCAUGUCAACCAUCCAUCCAAAUAAAAUUGUGUCCGCUUGGCUUUUGUCUUCAUAAACCUUCACUUACUUAGCCUAUUAUGGGGUAAUCUAGCCCAGUUCCUAGACAGAGAUACAGUGUCUCUUGUCUAGAAACUAGGCUAGAUUAGCUAUCUCAUAAGGUAUGCGGAUAUUGUCUUAUCUAAAACGUGGGUUAAAUUUGCUUCAGUAUACAUUUCUCGAGUGCUUAAGUUAUGUGUGUUGUGUCGCGCAUGGGAGAAAGGCAUUGAAAGAAAGAAAUAGUUUGGGACUAUAAUACAAGGCGUGUUUGGUGAUGUGGUAAAGUCUGAUGUAUUUUGAAAACUGCCGGUGACAGUGUUGUGUUUUAUGAGGAGUUGUCUCGUGCGUGUGUUGUUACACGUGCAGUAAACCCACACGGGCUGCUGUUUCCUGCUUGCUUGGCAGAGAUCUCAGAAAAGGUCAAAUUGUGAACCCGUGAUCCAAAUGUAUCAUAUACAAUUGGGCUUCCCGGAUUUAGUAUGUUCGCUGUGACAGAACGUAUUUUUUUUUCGUAUAAGUUUGUUAUAUAGAAAAUCUAUCUAGCGCUGCAGUGAGGUGGAGAGGCGCAUAACCUUGUGACGUAGCUCACGCACUACCACUGCCUCGCUUUCCCUGAGUGAGAGAGGUGCGCAUUUUGACAGACAGUCCAACACUAAGCCAGAGAGUUUUAGGCUCUUAGACAAAUUUCAAAAAUGUGCCAUAGUUCUCCUUUUUAAGGCUCAGACCAAUUUUUCAGAUCAAUCAUCACAGUGAUGGAAAAAAUAAUAUGGUAAUAUAGAUGUUGACCUAAGCCUGUGUUUUCCCACCAGAGUAAAUGUGUGUUGGAUGCUCUGGACAGCUCAGGGAAGACAGCCCUUCAUCACGCAGGUAAGACUUGAUUAGAAAUAACUUAUAUGCAGAAGGCCUCUAUAAUGCCUACAUAAAAGUAUGACACUUUAUGGCUAUAGGACAUCCCUAGGCAUCAGCUCUGGGAAAUUGUAACGUAGGCAUUGAAGAUUCACACUGAAAUGGUGGUGUUCAUUAGAAAUUGAUUGAGAUAUAUUUGUAUUACUUGAGACCAUCAAACUAGGAGGAUAAAAUGGCUUGAUGAUUCCUCUUCUUAGGUGCAGAGCAGCAGAUAGCCUAUCCUCUAAGCACCUGAUCUCAAUUCCCCUCUUUCAGUCACGGUCCAGUACCCAUCUCACCAUCCAUCCAUCACACCAUCUCACCAUCCAUCCAUCACACCAUCUCACCAUCCAUCCAUCUCACUGCUGCUCAAAGUCCUGCUGAUAAUUACAGAAGCGGCCGUGACUAUAAGACCAGACUACACAUUGGGUGUUUUUUAUACAGUAUAUGACAGGAAUGUUUCUGAGCCUGGGGUGAACCAUACUGUACUAAAGAACAUAUACAUUUAGAGAGCCUUCAGCCAGCAGGGGAUGCUUUUAUCUGGGGAGGAAAGGCUUGGAUCAAAGACUACAGUAAAAAGGGCCAUGUCAAUAGCAUAGUAAGAGACUCUCUACUGACAGGUUUUGACCAAUUUUCUCCAGGGUUCCAACUUCCAACUAUGGAUGACUGCAGGAUAAUUGCACCAUGUUGGACACAGUAGAGUUCUAUUCAGGGAGUAAGCUGCUAUAGGAGGAGUCAUGCCAGGGGCCUGUGGGAGAUCUUUGACGUGACUCUCAAAGUUAGUCAAUUACCUGCCAUGGCAUUUGUAUUAGUGCCGUAUAUAACUCCAUGGUAUGCAAGGCAUUUUGGGCUUUCAAUUGAUUCUCUUAUUUUCUCCCUCAGCUGCCAGUGGAAGCAUUGUGAUUGUCCAAACCUUAUGUGAGCACAAGUGUCCGGUAAAUGUCAAAGACACGGUAUGUAUUCCAUUCGAUCAGAUACAGUGCCGUUUUCUCAUUCAGUUGAAGAUAUUGUUUGUGUAGUCUUCAACAAAAAAAAAACAUCCAGGCCUGAAGUAUUAUUACUAGAGAGAAGGCUGUUCUGCAUAAAUGCAGCAUGCAGCAAUCCCACUGUACUGGUUCUGCUGUGCCUCAAACAUGACAAGCAAACUUACAUCCCCUGACUGACUGUGUGUGAGGGUGUGCAUGCAAGUGUGUGUUUGUGGGGUUGAUGGUGUGUUAUUGUGGUGUUAACGGUGUGUGUGUUGGGGGUUCGCUGUGUGUGAGAGCCAUACAUUGUGUAUUUGUGUUGUGGUAGCUGGGCUUAUGUCUCCAAUGGAGACAUUUGACAUGUCUGUGGUUUCUUUCAGCUCUGUGUUGUUUUUCCUCCUCCUCUUUGGGAGGCGUGAUGCCACAUCCCUGCUGUACAAUAUGUCUUCCUCCCGCCAGCUUCACUGACAAACCCACUCCCAGAACACACACUCACCCUCAUAUAAAAAUGCCUAUGUUACUUUCAAUUACGUUAAUUGCAGCACAGGGGUCGUAUUAAGUGCCGUGAGGGCUUUUAUUUAUGUAGUGUUUUUAGAGUGCUUCUGAUUCAGUAAUUUACUGCCAGUCUACCACGGGAUACAUGUUUUAAGAAUGUAUAUCUCAGUAAUAACCAUACAGCACAGUCCGAGCCUCUGAUUCAACUCUGCCGUAGAGAGGCAUGCUCUUCCUUUAGUGAGGGUUUGUGUUACAUUCGCUGUCUUCAUACUUAAUUGUUUUAAACGUUUCUCAAAUCCUGCAUUUCCUCGUACUUUUGCCAAGUCAAUAAUGUUGAGAUAGAGAAUUUUUCAUCAGCUGGCCGCCUGAGAGAAAAUGAUACAUAAAACAAGAUAGGAAUUACAAUACUCUUUUGUUAACAAAUGAUUCAAUUUGGCACAAUCAAAGAUGUUAGCUUUUGAUGGGGAGGUAUUUGAAAAAAGACAGCUGUGCUGCAGUGUAGAUAUCAACCCUCUCCAAUCCAGCUGUGGCUUCUCAUCAACUCUCCGUCGUCCUGAAAUAGCACUGAACACUGAUACACUUCAAGGAACUGGGCGCUGUGGUGGGCCAGGGAGGGAGUCACACACCAGUCAGAGUUUUUAAGUGCAUCGCUUUCUCACCCCACUCAAACCCUGGUUGACACGUCUUCAUUACUGUGAGCUUGUCAUCCUGUCUGUAUCCUCUGGAUGAUAAACACAAAAGAUAACUAUGUUGUGUCUCUGUUAGAGAACUAUUACAGCAAUCAAAGUCUCUUUCAGAAACAAUCACGAGUAAUGGUGGAGUGCUCCACAGUGUGAUCUAUUCAUCAGAUAGAAAUGGGCUUUGAUGCCAUCUGAACAGCGGUACUUUAGCUGUGUGUGGGCAGAGCCUGCUGUUCAGAAACAGUCGGGUGCGGGAGGCAGGGAGCUGUGGUAUGUAUCCUUGUUGAGAGGUUUUGUUAAGUUCACAGAGUAUGACCUCACUAGAAGUUGAUGGAGACAGUCAUCAGCAGUGCACACAAUGUCAAGCCAAAGUACCUAAUUUGGCUGCAUUUCACAUUCAGUGGGAUGAGCUGUAGCUAAUGUACUGUAAGUCGCUCUGGAUAAGAGCGUCUGCUAAAUGACUAAAAUGUAAAUGUAAAUGUAAUACUGUGGACACACAUAUGCAGACAUGCUCUUACUCCAUGUUACUGUAGGUCAACACCACUAUAGCCGUGGUUCACAGUGAAGGGUGAACCUGGAUCCUGGUCUCUCUCACAUCUGGAACUAAUUCUUGUUCUCUUCUAACAGAAAUGGCUGGGGAAAACAUGCCAACUUGUUAAUACUUGACAUACCACAUGCCUAUAUAUCUUCUUUAAAUACUGUAAAUACCACCAAAAUGAUGUAACAAAGAGAGAAUUCUUGUGAUUGCCAGUUUUUGAACAUUCACAGUCGCGGAGGGGUGAAUGUUUACAGUGUGGUUGGCUGUAAUCCAUGUUCAUGUCAACGCACCGAUAAUACACACAGAGACAGUACUACGUCAAUACCAUUACAGGAUGGUGAUGAGGUACUGUAGUCACGCAGGCCUCUCACUUGCAGGAAUGAACAGAGUAGAAAUAAGGGAAACUAUAGCCAGUGGGACACAUUAUUGCUGUAUCAAUGUGGCUUUGCUAGGACCCUGGGCACUCCUUCAUGGUUAACCCUCCCAAUCUCUGUGUGUCGGGCCAGACAGCCUUAGCCACAGCUCUCUGUGGUGCACUGUGCUGAGUGCUGAGAUUACACAUGGUUUAAAAGUCAGAUUGUUACAUUAGCCUCCUGGGCCCUGGCAGCCAGCCUCUGCUCUGCUGGCCUAACCCACGGAUGCCAUACUGGGGCUUUAUUUAGGCAUGAGGAUCAGUCCUCGUAUUUCUCGUCCCCUUGUUUCCCCCCCAGACUGUGAGGAGUAUGAAAACAUUCACACUCUGGAAAACAUUCACACUGAAAAACAUUCACACUGGAAAACAUUCACACUCUGCAGCUGCCAGGGCAUUGUCUGCCAGAGAUGAGGAAAGCAGGACUUUUGUCUUGUUCUGUUUUCAAGACCAAAGUUAGACCUUUCAGCUGGGAAAGACAUGAAAUAAGGCCCUUAGAAACCCACAUAAUAGCUUUGCCCUUUUGUGGUGUGUGUUCGUGUACCACUAAGCAAGUCUGACACAUUCCCAGUUGACUCUGACACAUCUCUGAACCCCAUUUUAGAUUCUUCAAGUGUCAAAUGUUGUAUUUGUCACACCUACACUCAAUGGCUAGUGAUGUUUCCUCUUUCCUACCAAGGUUGAUCUGUUGUCUCUGACCUACAGAUGUAGGAUCUUAAUUUGAGCCAGUUUGCUACAUCGGGAAAAUAAUCCUGCAGCAACAGGAAAUGUGAAUUAUUAUGUGGAUUAUAAUAAAUUGGCAUUUUUGUAGGGGUUGAUACAUUUUUUGUAAGAGAAAAUCAAGUCAGAAGCCUUUUUAAACCUCAAAUAGCCUACAAGGGUUAUCAAAUUAAGAUCCUACACCUGUAUAGACAUAACUAAAACUGUACAGUAUGGUCUGAAAAGAUUUCCAUGUUAUUUACCAGAAAUCACCCCAGUGAAUAAGAAUAAGGUCUAGCUGUCCAGAGUGUGGUCUGAACGUCGGAUAUGUUAAGCAGCUCGGAAGGUCUCAUUUUAUACACCAGAUAAUCAUCCAAGGUCAUUCUUGGUGAAUAAGAGCUGUCACUGUCAGUUUUCUCACACCUGGCUGUCAGAAGCCUCACCACCUUGACAGAGCUGGUAGUCAGCGUCUAGACAAGGUCUUGGCUAUGGAAGUAUCACCAGAGAAAUCACUCAAUCUACUAGUUACAGUGCCUUGCAAAAGUAUUCAUCCCCCUUGGCGUUUUUCCUAUUUUGUUGCAUUACAACCUGUAAUCUAAAUUGAUUUUUAUUUGGAUUUCAUGUAAUGAACAUACACAAAAUAGUCCAAAUUGGUGAAGUGAAAUGAAAAAAAUAACUUGUUUCAAAAAAAGCAAAAAAAUUAAUACCGGAAAAGUGGUGCGUGCAUAUGUAUUCACCCCCUUUGCUAUGAAGCCCCUAAAUAAGAUCUGGUGCAACCAAUUACCUUCAGAAGUCACAUAAUUAGUUAAAUAAAGAACACCUGUGUGCAAUCUAAGUGUCACAUGAUCUGUCACACGAUCUCAGUAUAUAUACACCUGUUUUGAAAGGCCCCAGAGUAUGCAACACCACUAAGCAAGGGGCACCACCAAGCAAGCGGCACCAUGAAGACCAAGGAGCUCUCCAAACAGGUCAGGGACAAAGUUGUGGAGAAGUACAGAUCAGGGUUGGGUUAUAAAAAAAUAUCAGAUACUUUGAACAUCCCACGGAGCACCAUUAAAUCCAUUAUUAAAAAAUUGAAAGAAUAUGGCACCACAACAAACCUGCCAAGAGAGGGCCGCCCACCAAAACUCACGGACCAGGCAAGGAGGGCAUUAAUCAGAGAGGCAACAAAGAGACCAAAGAUAACCUUGAAGGAGCUGUAAAGCUCCACAGCGGAGAUUGGAGUAUCUGUCCAUAGGACCACUUUAAGCCGUACACUCCACAGAGCUGGGCUUCACGGAAGAGUGGCCAGAAAAAAGCCAUUGCUUAAAGAAAAAAAUAAGCAAACACAUUUGGUGUUUGCCAAAAGGCAUGUGGGAGACUCCCCAAACAUAUGGAAGAAGGUACUCUGGUCAGAUGAGACUAGAAUUGAGCUUUUUGGCCAUCAAGGAAAACGCUAUGUCUGGCGCAAACCCAACACCUCUCAUCACCCCGAGAACACCAUCCCCCCAGUGAAGCAUGGUGGUGGCAGCAUCAUGCUGUGGGGAUGUUUUUAGUUGGCAGGAACUGGGAAACUGGUCAGAAUUGAAGGAAUGAUGGGUGGCGCUGAAUACAGGGAAAUUCUUGAGGGAAACCUGUUUCAGUCUUCCAGAGAUUUGAGACUGGGACGGAGUGUCACGAGUGUCAGUGUAAUGUGGUGGGUCGAAGUCAGGCGCAGGACACAGAACUCGAAGAAACGUACUUUACUGAGAAAUGAGUAAAGAAUUCAAUACAGAAAUCUCUCCACACAGGGAGGAACUAACCCGCUCACAAACAACACAAGAAACGAAAACAACCACGCACAAAACACAUUGGGAGCCACUGGGUUAAAUAGGGAAGGCGUGACUACAAUAAUGGGCAACAGGUGUGUGACAAUAGACAACAGGUGCAACAUAGAAACAUAGAACAUAGAUCGGCAGCAGCUAGUAUUCUGGUGACGACGAAUGCCGAAGCCUGCCCGAGCAAGGAGAAGGGGCAGCCUCGGCCAAAUCCGUGACACGGAGGUUCACCUUCCAGCAGGACAAUGACCCUAAGCAUACUGCUAAAGCAACACUUGAGUGAUUUAAGGGGAAACAUUUUAAAUGUCUUGGAAUGGCCUAGUAAAAGCCCAGACCUCAAUCCAAUUGAGAAUCUGUGGUAUGACUUAAAGAUUGCUGUACAACAGCGGAACCCAUCCAACUUGAAGGAGCUGGAGCAGUUUUGCCUUGAAGAAUGGGCAAAAAUCCCAGUGGCUAGAUGUGCCAAGAUUAUAGAGACAUACCCCAAGAGACUUGCAGCUGUAAUUGCUACAAAAGGAGGCUCUACAAAGUAUUGACUUUGAGGGGGUGAAUAGUUAUGCACGCUCAAGUUUUCUUUUUUUUUUUUUACUUAUUUCUUAUUUGUUUCACAAUAAAAAAGAUUUUGCAUCUUCAAAGUGGUAGGCAUGUUGUGUAAAUCAAAUGAUACAAACCCCCCAAAAAUCAAUUUUAAUUCCAGGUUGUAAGGCAACAAAAUAGGAAAAAUGCCAAGGGGGGUGAAUACUUUCGCAAGCCACUGUAUGGUAUGUGACUUGUCUGUCUGGGGAAAGUAUAUGUUGCCAAUGGUGAAAUGAUUUUUUUACUGGCUCCUGGUUUUAGUCUAUGGUAGAUGUUAGAAGUAAUUAAGUUACUUUGAAGUUUAGUUUGAAGGUACAGAUGUAGGAAAUGUAACAUUUGUAGUGAAUUGCAGGUUUAAAAAGGCUUCUAAAGUUUGUAAUUUCCACUUUGAAUUUUCCCUUAUGAAAAAUGUAUACAUCGCUACAAAAAUGUCCAUUAAUUAUAAUCCACAUAAUAAUUAAUAUUUCCUUUUGCUGCAGGAUUAUUUCCCUGCUGUAGGAGACUGGCUCAAACUAAGAUCCUACAUCUGUAUGAAGUUUAGUGUCAGCCAACAGUAUUUCAGUAUAUGGUUGGUCCAGUAAGUGUUUUCAGAGUGCUUUCAGGGAUAAUAUGUGAUUUUUUGACAUUUUCCAUCUACCAGUGAGACAGAAAGUGUGUAAAUCCUCCUGAUUGUGUUAAGAGUCAACGCCCAGUGCAGUGUGUAAUGUCCUGUGAAGCAGAGACUGCCUGAAAUUGGGCUACAGACUGGGCUUGUAGAUAUUGCCUGCUUUUGAUGAGGUGUCAGUUUCCUAAACCUUAUUAUUAAGGCAAGCCAAACCCUGGGGAAAAGGAUAGAAGGAAAGGAAUGUAGAAAAUAUGUGGAACAUAUGUGGCUGGCUGGCUGUGUUGUGUACAUUAUUUGAUAGGGAGGACUCUGUGCAUGGGACGGAGAACGCUGUGUGUGUGUGGAGGGGUAUACGAAGGGGUCUGUGUGUGUGUGUGUGUGUGUGUGUGUGAGAGAGAGAGAGAGAGUACAUUUUCUUUCUGAGCUGUGGGGGAGAAUGGCUAACUCGGCGUGCCAAAAUAAUAUAAUAGAAGGCCUUUGCUUUCAUUUGUUUGAGUGGAGGUUGGAGCUAUAAAGUCGUGCUUUUAUUUUAGCAGGAUGCUGAAGGAUGUAGCCCAGCCUGUUACCGCUCAUCAAAGCUCCAAUUGUCGUUUUUGGAAUUGCAUUGUGGUCAUAGACUACAUGAGCGAAACAGCUUGUUUUUCUCUGUACUAUGUGUCUGGUAUGUUUUCAUUGCAGCAUACCAAACAAUGCUUCUAGUGUACAGCAGCUGAAUGUACUGUAGAGCUUACAUUCCAAUCACUUCUACCACUUCUUCCUUUCCGAGAAACAAGGUUGUGGAUCCUUUAACAGUACAUUAUGUGAACUUCAGAAUGACAGUUCAGUACAGUAUGUGAACUUCUGUGUUCACGUACUAUGAUGAAGGCAUCUGAACAGACCGUCUACAGUAUACUGUUACUUUUACUGAUGUGUGGGUCCUGUAGGAUGGCCUCAGCCCCCUGCUGCUGUCUGCCAGACACGCCCAUGCGGAGGUGUGCAGCAGCCUCCUGGACUGGGAAGCCGACGUCAACGCGUGUGAUAAGAACGGCAGGUAAAGAAGGACUCAUCUGUCAGAUCACACGUCUUCCACUUCAUAACUUCAUCUCAUCAUUACAGGGUUGUCUACAAGUACAUUACAUUAUAAUACCAUGAGGGUGGUGGUGAUGAUGGUGAGGAGGAGGAGAAGAGGAGGAGGAUGAUGUUAAUGAUGAGUAUUGUGAUACUAUUUCUGACUGUGUGAUACAGGACAGCGGUGAUGCUGGCCAGUGAGAGCAGCAGUAUGUCUGUAGUGGAGGUUCUGGUCCAGAGAGGAGCUGACCUCCAGGCUGUGGACUUUUUGGGUCAUGACGUCCUGCACUACGCCAAAAUGUCUGGCAGCAGUGAAAUCAGGGCCGUCCUCACUGCGGCGCUGCACAAGACCCACUCAGACACAGGUGAGAUAAGAACUGUCUUUAGUACUGAUCGAGCCUAGUAUGAGGCAGUUGACCAGAGACUCUAGCAGACUCCUUCAGGCUUGAUUUCCCUUCAAAACUAUUUGAGGUGUGUGGACGUUAUGACAUUCAAGCACAGUGUUUCCCAACUCAUCUGUCAGAACACACAGAGUCACUUCUCUAGCAAACUCCUUCAGGCUGAAUUCAUUUCAGGUGUCUGGAAGUUAUAAAGUUCAAGCUUUCGGAUGUAUGUUAAUAGCUGUUGAUUGUGACAUGAAGCAUUGUGUAAAGUUAUAGACAGAAAUAUGUUUUGACUAGAUGAACUUUGGGCUUUUCUUUCCUUUUCUCCAUAAUCUACCCAGAGAAAACAUUGAUGUCUUUGUGGUCAAGCUUUGAAAUGCAACCUUUCAGUUUGCCUGUUAUGCAGAAUUUACCCAACACUGCCAUCUUCAGGCUGUGUCUCAAAUGUUAUUUUUCCCCUCUCCUCAUUCAGACACCCCGAAGUCCCCAAAGUCCCCCAAAACUCCUCAGGUAAGUUACCAGUACUUCAGCUUGUGCAAUCUUUCUAUCUUCUUCCAAACUUCACAACUGCAACCAGUUUUCCUGCUCAUUGACCCUACACACAUUAACUUGAUAUAAACAAGUCUAAUCCUAAUAAAUAAAACACAUUAGACAGUCAAAAACAACCUCUUGCCACAGUAUCAUCAUUGAACAACCUAAUCUAAACUUGAAUGAGAUGAUAGCUUUCUGUUUAAACCUUAUGUUUCUUUUACAUAAUGAAAAUCGUUUUGAAAUGCACCUCAAGCAGCAUGUAUGAGCAUGAAUCUAACACCUUAGCUAAACAGAUCAAUCUUCAAGCCCUUGCUACUCCUGGAUAAAUACCUUCUUUUUGAUCACAAGUUCUCCAAAUGUUUGAUUCUUCUUGUUCACUAACUAACCUAAUUAAAAACUGCGGGAUCGUUCUUCUGUUUUUGUUCUUCUUUCUUCCCACUCCUUCACUCACACCUCAGCAUGAUCAAGUGGCUAGGUUAGGUGGCGAUCGAAGCACAACUCCCAAAAAACGAAAAGCACCUCCACCUCCCAUAAGCCCUGUGCAGGUAAAGGCAUGUCUCUGUCUGUCAGUCUGCCUGCCUGUCAGUCUGCCUGCCUGCCUCCUUAUCAGUCUGCCUGCCGGCCUGCCUGUCAGUCUGCCUGUCUGUUUUCGGUCUGUUUUCGGUCUGUUCGUUUCACAUAUGGGUGGUUAUCUAUGUAUCUGCUUCCCUUUUGAUUGAUCCUUAGCCCUGUUUGUGUCAGGUAACACUUCACUUUUACUUUCAGUCUGAAUGAAGUUCUUAAACGUUAUAAUAUGUAUUUACCUUGUCUGUAUCUGUUUGAAUUCCCAGUAGUAAUUACUGUGUCUAUACAGCAGAACACUAAGAAAUGUAAUUCAUGUUUUAUGUUUCCAAACUUUCUAGAUGCCUAGUCCUUACUUUCAUCCAUACAUGACCCCAAUUGAAACAUUAUAAUAUGCGUUUACCUUGUCUGUAUCUGUGUGAAAACCCAGUGUUGUCCUUAAAUGUUUUGGACCCACCCUGCUGUCUACUGCUUUUAUUCAAGGGCUCUUUGUAUUCAGUGCAUUAGGGUUGCUAUUCUGUCUGUCUCAGUGUAAUUGUAUGUAUUGACAACUAUUACUGAAGUACUGUAACUGAAGUGUCCAGUGCCGAACGCAGGAGUAAACACUGAGAAAUGUAAUUCAUGUUUUAUGUUUCCAAACUUUCUAGAUGUCUAGCCCCAACUCUCCCGCGUACAUGACCCCAAAUGAAACUCCAGUCUCCAGUAAAAGUUUUGGAUCUAAAGUAUUUAAUUAUAAGGUACACUUACACUCAAGCAUUUUUUAGAAGUCAUUACAGGGCUCUCAUUUAAAAGAACAGCUCUUUUCUCUAAAGUAUUAUCUUGGUUGUUGCCCGUCAUGGUUUUUGCUGUGUCGAUAUUUUUAUUUAUGUUGGUUUUGCUCUCUCUCUCUCUCUCUCUCUCUCUCUCUCUCUCUCUCUCUCUCUCUCUCUCUCUCUCUCUCUCUCUCUCUCUCUCUCUCUCCUCUCUCUCUCUCUCUCUCUCUCUCUCCUCUCUCUCUCUCUCUCUCUCCUCUCUCUCUCUCUCUCUCUCUCUCUCUCUCUCUCUCUCUCUCUCUCUCUCUCUCUGUCUCUGUCUCUGUCUCUGUCUCAGGAGGAGGAGUUGCGGAGCGUGUCUCUGAGGGAGGAGGUGGAGAAGCUACAGGGGGAGAAGUGCAUGCUGCUGGAGACCAUUGAGGAUCUGAAGCAGAUUGUGGACCAGACUGUGACUAUGAGCCAGACUGAGACGGAACCGGGGCCGGAGCCCAAGGCGAGUUCCAGCUACAGUGCAGGCCUUUAAUAUCACUUGCCUGCGCUGCUUUGAUCCCAGUCCACUAGCAUUCUCUGUCCUGUUUCUAUCUCUCUCUGGAACCCAUUUAUACAGCUGCUGUGCUGUGUUUUUAGCGGCCGGGGCUGUGUUCAGGUAGAGGGUCCUGUCUGCUCCAGGGCACUGUCCUGCUGUAGCUCAAAAACCCACAUAGUCACCCACACAGUCUGAACUGUUGACUAAUAUUACUACAUGUACUAAUGGAAGGUUAUGGAAGUCUCAUGAGAUGCCCCAAGAACUUAACAUAUUCCCUGGUAUCCAAACAAUUGCAUGUUAACUGUAGAAGUGUGUUGAUACAGGCAGAGGACUGUGGGAAGGUAGACUCAGCUCUGGUAGUGGCCCUACAAGCAAAGAUUACAGCUCUGUCUCUGGAGAACCAGCAGUUAGCCCACAUACUCAAGGUAAGCUGUCAAAUGAAACACUCGUCAUUCCAAAAGCAUGGAUAUCCCAUUAUAGUGAUACUAGGCCUUUUCUCUUCCUUUUUAUAACUGUCAAGAGUAAUACCAGUGUUUUGUUUACUAUAAUUAGUCACUCUACAUAAGAAAUAUCCAUUAAGAUCCUAAUAAUCGACCAAACCUUGUUUCUUAUUUUUCUCGAUUUAAUCUCUCUGUAGAAGCGUCCGUCUCCCCAGGGAGGUGAGGUUGGCCAGGAGGACUCGUCCCGUCCGGACAGUAUGAACUCUAAUGCCUCCUACCACACCACCCACGAGUCCCCCAGCGAGGCCCUGCUUCAGCCUCAGGGGACCGAGGAGGACAUGUCUGAAGGGUCCGCCCUGGAGCUCAGCAGCACCUCCCUGAGACCAGAGGAGGAAGAGAGUGAGGAGGAGGGGAAGGAGCGAGGCGAGGAGCAGAUCAGGCUGCUGAGGGAGACCCUAGGGAUCGUCCAGUGCAAACUACAGGAGACGCAGAAGGAGAACCGCAUGGUCCAUGCCAGGAUCAACCCUGAGCAGGGGGAGGAGACAGGAAGGGAGGGGGAGGUGCUGCUUGAGAGUCUAGCAGAGCUCCAGGCCAAGCUGACAGAGACACAGGAGAAACACCACCAGGCCAGAGAGGAGGUGCUGGGCCUUAGGGCACAGAUUGAAAGAGGAGGUGGUGGAGGAAGUGAAUUGGCAGAGCAGGAGCUCCAGAGACUGAGAAGCUCUCUGGAGCAGGAAGUGAAAGAGCUGAGGUCCCAGCUGGCCCAGUCAGGGCAGGAGAGGGAGAGGGAUGUAUGCCGGAUCAGGGAGCUGGAGGCUAGGCUGAAGGCAGUAGACGACAGCUCUGAUCAUGAUAAGAGCUUGCUGGUGGACCGGUACAAGGAGGCACAGGAGGAGAUCAGGAUGCUGCAUGAGGCCCUGAGGGGGACGGUCCCUGUGGAGGCUGCAGCUAAUGACUUUGAGGAGAUGAAGGGCGAGCUGGGGAGCGUGAUCGAUGGGCUGCAGCGCCGCCUGCUGGAGCUCUCCAAGUCCUACAGCGAGGCCAAGAGUGAACUGAUCUCCACCAGGAACCAGCUGGAUGAGACCCAGGCUGUCAAGUCUAAGCCUGGCAGCCCUGUAGCCUCCCCAGUCAAAGAGCAGGACAUGCUGAGGAGCAGAGUGGAGGAGCUGCAGGCAUCGCUAGCCGACACACAGAGCAAGUACUCCGCCUCAAUGGAGGAGAUCGCCCUCCUGAAGCAGGAGGCUGAUGCUCAGGCCCAGGGGUCAGUGGCGUUAGCUGACCACACACAGGUGGUGUCCUCUCUGGGCAGCGCCAUCAAGGACCUGGAGGGCCAGGCAGACGCUCUGAGACAACAGCUGUCCCAGAGGGCCCUGCAGGUGGACGCCCUACAGAACAGACUGACCGUGGAGAAGGACCACACACCGGACGACUCUAUAUCACGGCUGGAGCACGAGCAGAUGAGAGGGGGCCUGGAGACAGAGGUGAGCCACCUGACACAGCUCCUCCAGGGGGCCCUGAGGAAGCAGGAUGAGGUGGCUCUGGAGGCGGCUGCAGCGUGGCAGGAGCUGAAGGAGGGGAGGAGCGAGAGGGAGGCCCUGCAGGAGCUGGCCAUCAGCAGGGAGAAGGAGAACCACACUCUGAGCACCAAGCUCAGAGAAGCCCAGGAUGCCAUAGGUCAGCUGAAGAAGCUGGUGGAGGAACAUGUCAGCUCAGAGAGAGAGAAGAAUAAGAAGGUUUGUAAGUUACAGCUUUCUGUUUGUAAAGUGUUUAGUACAAUGUUCACCGGUCAUGAUGUAGCAAAUUUCCCUGGUUUGGCAAAGGCAAUACUUUGAGUUUAGAGAGCUAUCCCUCUAUUCUGCUUCCUCAUUACAUUUUGUUUUGUCUUUGGCCAUGAUAGACAAUCAGUUUGGUCUAAACCCUUGUAUUGAUCACCCGUGUUGUUUGUGUCUCAGAUUGAUGACCUGUCGAGAGAGGUGGGGAAGUUAAAGGAUGCCUUAAAUAGCCUAUCCCAGCUGUCCUACAGCGCAGGCUCAGCUAAGAGACAGCAGACCCUGCAGCAGCAGCAGUUGGACAGCCUACAGCAGCAAGUCAAGCAGCUGCAGUACCAACUAGGGGUGAGUCGUGAGGCAUACACUUUCAAACUAUAGCUAAUAUGACUCAUUCAACCAUGAAUCAGUAUACUACAUUCGUCCUCACUCUGAUAGCGUCAGAGAAGAGAGGAUACACUGUUUACACGAAUCCCUUCGACUAAGGACUUUCCUGGAACAACUGCCAGAUAGUUGGAAGCUGAAUUGCGGUGAAUGAUUUGCUGAAAUGUUGAAAUGAAGAUCUCUGUACUGUCAUGAUUAGCCAACGACUUUAGUUUUGGGUUCCACCGCGUUAGAGCCAAGACAUCUAAUGUACUGAUCCAGGGCAUCCUCCUCUGGUCUAGGACAUAAUGAGACGUGGGCUGGGAGGCCAAACGGGAUCCUGUAUCCCACCAUCUGCUGCUGCUUGUCACAGGCUGCACACGACUUCUUACGCCUCGAUCACAUGGACAGUGUUAUUGCAUUUUGGUACACCAAAAGUACAUGAAUUUCCAAUGGAACGCUGCGUUUGCCUUGCAGCAUUGCGUUGCAGAGGCAGUUGCAGUGCGUUCUGUGUGGUGCAUACAUUGGAUUUAUUGAACGUAUGCGUCAAACUGUAUGCGUAGACGGCUUGACAGAAAUGGUAGCAGAAGGUGAAUGUUUAACUUUUGUUGCGCACAUAUCCAGAUGAUGCUGCGUAUUAUUUUGCGCAGUAACACUGUCGGUGUGAUCAAGGCGUUAGUCAUUGACCACCCUGUUCCUUUAGAUGUACUGUCUAAAUCAGAUGGCUAUGAGGAAGGACAUUUACAUGUAGAUGCUGAUCUUUGAAGGACGUCUACUGUAGUUUAUGUUUUUGGUUUCUGUCACUGCUGGGCGUUUGCCUAACUAUGCAGUCUUUGGUUUAUUACUUAUCUUUAAUAAUUCUGAGCAGUUUCACCAUGGUUUUAUAGCUGAUGUAUGAUAUUCCACUAGCUAAUUGGUUGAUAACACACUAAGCUGUUUCUGCAUCUCUUUACUAUAGGAGUCAAAGAGGCAGCACCAUGAGAUAGUGUCCGUCUACAGGAUGCACCUCCUAUACGCCGUCCAGGUACGUUUUUAUGCAUACUGUGUACUCUGUAUGUGAUUUCAUAUUAAAUGGUGCAGGUGUGGUUUUAAUGUUAUGACAUCAUGGCUUCAUUCCUCACAGGGUCAGAUGGAUGAGGAUGUUCAGAAAGCCUUGAAGCAGAUUCUGAGGAUGUGCAAGAUGCCAACAGAAGCCAAAUGAAGUGUCUGAGAUGGAGCAGCCUAUCUAUCUACUGCCAGUGCUGGAGAGGAGACACAAGGAAACGACAUCCUUACACGCUGGUCUCCUAACCUACAUGACCUAUCACACGUGUGCCGCAUCCGUCCAUCAAACACACACUUCCAUCAAAGAUAAUGAUUCUUUAUCUGCCUACAAAUUAUUUCAGAGGGGAGCUAGAAUAUGAAGACUCCUUGUCAGUAGAUUUGAAUGGCAUCUUUGAUCUAGCAGUGUUAGUUUUAUAUUGUUGUCAAUUAGUUUAAUUAUAGCACUGGUUUUCAUGACAUAAUGAUAUAAUCCAAUUUUUUGGACCUCUGCAUGCAAUUUUUCCUAAAUCAACCACAUGCAAAAUGCUUUUUUCGACACAAUAUUUGCCUAAUAGCACAAACCUUUAUAAAAAUGAAUAGUUUCAAAUGUAUGCAAGAUGUUUCUAGAUACAUUUAUGAAAUGAAAACAAAGAAGUUUGAUAGUUGUAUUUUUUAACAACCCUAUUUGGGGGUUUUGUAUGAAUUCAAUAUUGUGUGUGAUAACCUAGGCCCUUUUUAGUGUCUGCAAUCUGUGAAUGCCAAUUUUACCCAAUUGGGGUAUUUUGUCCUCAUUUACACCAUAUUCCCUUGGAGGCUUUUUAAAUCAAUAUGACUUUAUGAACAGAUUCAACCUUUUGAAUAAUGAAAUCCCCCAUUGAUUCAACAAUGAUAUUUAUUUAGCAAUAAUCCAGUACUUGAAGGGUGAAUUGGUAUCAGAUCUCUGGGGAGUGUCUCUCUGAGGACAGAAAAUACCCAUGUGACUAAUGCACUUUCCUAAUGCUGUACUCCCGUUCAAACUCUAUGGCCUCAGCAGAUUGCCUGUCCCAUCCGGGACAUCUUAGUUUUUGUGUCCCAUGUGCCUGCUCUUUCUGUGUUGAAGCCUGACAGACUUGUCUUGAUUCUUGAUCUUCUUCCCACGUUUUGUAAUAUCAUUAUAGUGUAAGAGCUGUAGCAGGUAGUAAUAUUUUUUAUUUUUUGGGGUAUCUUUUGGGGUAUUUCAGUGUAUCUUGGUAUGGCAGCAUGUGAGUCUCUUGGACUGUUGAGCAAGUUGCUCAGCCUCAUUCAAUCCUCUUCAUCCACAUACUGUACAUGAGCAGUGCAGUAGGAAUAGUAUAGUGAAAUGUUAGCACCAUAAAACGUGAAGUUCAUUACUCAUAAGU